AUUGUAUAGAUAAAGAUACACAUGUCUCAAAUCUCAGUUUCAGUUGGUGAUUGAUUUAAUCAGAUAGAUCUAAUUAUGGUUCAGUGAAGACCAGGCCAAGAUAGGAACUCAUUAUGAAACAAAUAAAACAGUAUGGGCUAAAACUAGCAACGAUGUGAAUAUUUUACUAAGAGCAAACAAAUGUGAUAUAGUGCAAAAAACACUUUCUAAAACUAGUUUUUAUUCAAACGUUUCCUAAAGGUGUGCGAGCCUGCAGUAAAAUAAUAGAACUACAGUGACGGUGUAGCCUGAGGGACAACAUCCGUUUGCGGAAGUGCGAAGUUCCUGAAGUAAACCAGUUUCCACUUUGCCGAGGCGAACGCGCGCGUUUCUGACUUAUAAAGUCUGUAAAGUCCACGCGUCACGAUGCCCGGGGCUGAAACGACGGAGACAUAAGGCUGCUGAGGCUCACUGUUCGCCAGAGGAAUGGAGAAGCCGGAGAGCGGGUCCGUGAGCGCCGGUGCGCGGGCAGCCGCCGCCGCCGCCGCCGCCGCCGGCCGCUCCGGGAUCAGGCCGUGGUCCGCGGCCGCGCUCUCCGUCCUGCUCUCCGCCGCGGCCGUGGUCGCGGUGGGCGGCGUGUGCGCGCUCACCUAUCCGAUACUUAAAGAGCUGCGAGCAGAGCGAGUGAGAGGGGAGAAUGGGGCCGAAGAGAAGGUGCUGGGGUUCUGGAGUAUCACCAUGCUCUCAGUGCUGGUAGGAUGCAUCUGCUCCAUCUUCUCAUGGACUCUCACCUACUUUGCCUCUUACAAGCCUGAGACGGUGUUUCCAGCACCACUGGCAACCACCCACUUCAGAGAUGGAGCUGCUGGUGGUUUCCACAUUGGUUAUGGUGUCGCUGUCCUUAAUGGCAUCAUGGCCAUGAUAACUGUCAUCUGGAACCUUAACUGACCUACUCACAUACAUGUGGAUGUUAAUAACGACCCAUCUACUAUCAAGACAUUCUUAUUGCUGCAUUGCCAAAACGUGUCUCUUAAAUAAAAAUGACAUGAAUGAAUCUAUCAAUGCACCAAUAAAUACAUUUUAACUGAAAAAAAUACACAUCAUGCAUAAUUAAAAUGUUUGUUGAUAAAUGGUAUUUAGAAAUGUAUGUAUUUAAAAUUUAUUAUAGUUUUUAUGUAUUUUUUCCUUACCUACUUUUCAAGUUUUCAACACUGUAUUUAGAACAGUAAAGACAUCCUUAAUCACUGAUCUGGUUUUUGCUGAGCCUUAAAUAAAAACUGAUUUAAUACUGUAAGCAAAAUAAAUGAUACAUUUUAC